GCUGUGCACUCAGGUCGUCACUUGCAGCAGUGCUGUUGUGCGGCCCGCCACACGUGGAGUCUUCUGCACUUGGCGACGCCCACGUCGACAACACCAGUUUCGGUGAUGACCAUGAACGAGGGGUCGGGACGUGACACACUAAGCAAGGUGGAGAGGACGGCGGUGGCAGCAGCCGUGAACGUCAUCCUCUUCCAGUGUCAAUUGCAGAGGGGCGAGGGGAGGAUGAGAGCAGCCAUUCGCGCACGGCGGACGCUGCAGUCCACGAAUGAGGAGGGGGAGGGCAGUGGUGCCAUUUGCGACGCCGUGCUGCAGGUGUGCUACGCCAUGGAUUGUGGAGCAUUCCCUGGAGCGACGCCUAGGUGGUGGAUGAAGCGACGGACAGGCGGGACGUGGGAGGAUCUUCGGCAAUGCGACGACGCGACGGCGGACGACUUCAAGGACAAGCUGCGCAUGUCGCCACGUGUGUUCCGAGAGAUCACGGCAGCUUUGUCUCCCUUCCUUGAACGGCGUGUCACUUUCUAUAGGGAGCCCCUCCAGCCGGACCACAUUGUCGCGUACGCUUUGUACAGGUGGGCGUCGAGGGAGACGUACUAGAGCGGGACAUGCAGCUUCGGCAUUGGCAGAGCUUGAGGGUUGGUGGCUGUGCGGGAUGUAACUGCGGCGUUGCUGAGUGCG